UUUCCCUACUCCUCUAUAUCAUGACCAGGAGGGGCAACCAACAAUAGACAACAACAUAAUAAGUCUAAUUAAAAGUAGUUAAAAUGACUAUUUUUACGCGUAUUAUCGUCUCAAAUUUGCCUAAACGCAUUGGUGCACUUAAGACGUUACAGCAGUGUGGCUAUUGUACACAUCUAAAAUAUGCUGAACACAAACCGAUUGAGAGAAUACGUAAUAUUGGUAUUUCGGCACACAUAGACAGCGGUAAAACUACGCUUACCGAACGUAUACUCUUUUAUACCGGUCGCAUUGCACAGAUGCAUGAGGUACGCGGUAAGGACAAUGUCGGUGCUACUAUGGAUUCGAUGGAGUUGGAACGUCAGCGUGGUAUAACUAUACAGUCGGCAGCCACUUAUACGAUUUGGAAGGAUUACAACAUUAACAUUAUUGACACACCUGGUCACGUGGAUUUCACAGUGGAAGUGGAACGUGCGCUGCGUGUUUUGGAUGGUGCUGUGCUGGUGCUAUGCGCUGUAGGUGGUGUGCAGAGUCAAACACUAACUGUGAAUAGGCAAAUGAAACGUUACAAUGUACCAUGCUUGGCCUUCAUCAACAAAUUGGAUCGCACGGGUGCUAAUCCUUAUCGUGUGCUUUCGCAUAUGCGUUCAAAAAUGAAUCAUAAUGCAGCUUUCAUACAAUUGCCAAUCGGCGUGGAGAGCAAUUGCAAGGGUAUCGUCGAUUUAGUAACUGAGAAAGCGAUUUAUUUCGAAGGCAACCACGGUAUGGAGUUGCGUUAUGAUGAGAUACCGAAAGAUAUGCGGGCAGAGUCAGUCGAUCGUCGUCAAGAGCUUAUCGAACAUCUCUCGAAUGUAGACGAUAAAUUAGGUGAACUAUUUCUGGAGGAAAAAACACCAACUGAGGCCGAUAUAAAGAGCGCUAUACGACGUACGUGCAUUAAACGUACUUUCACGCCUGUUAUGGUGGGCACUGCAUUGAAAAAUAAAGGUGUACAACCUCUAUUAGAUGGUGUGCUCGAUUAUCUGCCGAACCCUGGCGAAGUAGAAAAUGUUGCUUUCAUUGAAAAAGAGGGCGAAGAACCCGAAAAGGUCGUACUCAAUCCUGCACGUGACGGCAAAGAUCCUUUCAUUAGUUUGGCUUUUAAAUUGGAAGCUGGCCGUUUCGGUCAGCUCACGUAUUUGCGUUGCUACCAAGGCAAACUACAAAAGGGCGAUAACAUCUUUAAUGCACGUACCAAUAAGAAAGUGCGUGUAGCACGUUUGGUGCGCUUACACUCGAAUAAUAUGGAAGAUGUGAACGAAGUUUAUGCUGGCGACAUUUUUGCGCUGUUUGGUGUCGACUGCGCCUCUGGUGACACAUUUACCACCGAUCCUAAAGGUAACAUUUCAAUGGAGUCUAUCUUUGUGCCAGAACCUGUUGUGUCUAUGGCUAUCAAACCGAAUAAUGCUAAGGACCGUGACAAUUUCGCUAAAGCUGUGGCGCGUUUCACUAAAGAGGAUCCUACAUUCCACUUCUUCUAUGACCCAGAUGUAAAAGAAACACUCGUAUCAGGCAUGGGUGAAUUACAUUUAGAAAUUUACGCGCAGCGUAUGGAACGUGAAUAUGGUUGUCCCGUAACGCUAGGUAAGCCAAAGGUAGCUUUCCGUGAAACACUUGUUAGCGCCUGCGAAUUCGACUAUUUACACAAAAAACAAUCUGGCGGUUCAGGUCAGUAUGCGCGUAUUAUCGGUAUUAUGGAACCAUUGCCGGCUGAUCAAAAUACCGUACUUGAAUUUGUUGAUGAAACAAUGGGUACAAAUGUACCCAAACAAUUUGUGCCUGGUGUUGAGAAGGGUUUCCGUGAAAUGGCUGAACGUGGUAUGCUCUCGGGACACAAGUUGUCCGGCAUACGUUUCCGCCUACAGGAUGGUGGCCAUCAUAUUGUGGAUUCUAGUGAAUUGGCCUUCAUGUUGGCAGCACAUGGUGCUGUAAAAGAUGUUUUCCAAAGUGGCUCAUGGCAAAUUUUAGAACCCAUAAUGAUGGUGGAAGUAACGGCACCAGAGGAAUUCCAAGGUGCGGUCAUGGGACAAUUGAGCAAACGUCACGGUAUUAUUACGGGCACUGACGGAGCUGAGGGUUGGUUUACCGUGUACGCCGAAGUACCACUGAACGACAUGUUUGGUUAUGCGGGCGAAUUGCGUUCCAGCACACAAGGCAAAGGCGAGUUCACCAUGGAAUACUCUCGUUAUUCUCCUUGUCUACCAGAUGUUCAAGAACAAAUUGUACGCCAAUAUCAAGAAUCACAAGGUUUAGGUCAAGAAAAGAAGAAAAAGAAAAACUAAUAGGUGCACUGAUGUAGAAUUAAUAAUAUUAAGAACUAUUUUUGGAUAACUGAAAAUGUGUCAAGAACACAGUUUGAACGUUCAAUGUCCAAUUAAUAUAUUUGUUUAAAUCAUUAUUUUAAAGUAUGUAGACGAAAUGUUAAUUUUUAUACAACUGUGAUACAGAUAAUAAAAGGUGACACAAUUAGCCACAUACAAGGGGCUAAAAACCACUAAAA